CGUGACUCCUGCAAGGAGAGCAGGGAGUGUAAAAGUAAUAUUUGAGUGAAGAAAAAGGAAGAGAACAGAAGAGAGAAAGAGAGAUUAGCAAACCAUGGAGGCUGAGUAAUGAAGGCGAGCUUGAUGACUGUGCACCUGGGUCCUGAUUCCUAGAUCUAAAAUAAUCCCCACCCUGAUUGUAGCAAGUCCCAAAUUCGAAACUGGGAAGGAAGGCACAAAUCAAACACUAACAGUGCUUGCUUAAGCGGUACUCUCUCUCUCUCUUUAUCUCCCUUGGUGCUUGGUGCUUCUACAGGUAUUCAGCAUAAUAGUUAAGGAAGAGCAAUGCUUUUGUGGGUUGCAUUUGAUCUUACCAUUUGUCUAGAUGGAUGCUGUACUAUGAUGUUUUUGCUUGCAUGUUAGUUGCAGUGACAGAAAGCUGUAGCUUUUGCAAUGUUUUCUCAAGAUAGUGUUACUAGUAGGUAAACUUUUCGAGGAUCAUGGCUCUACUAAAUAGAAUUAUUCCAACUUUGCUCUUCAGGUCGGUCAAGAAUUCUGGCAAUUCAUGUCUAUAUAGUCCUCGGUUAUUGGUAAAUCGAUUCCUUGCUAAUGAUGCAAAUACAGUUGUAAAUGCCAUAUGUGAUUCAUUAAGGAGAGGCAAUAGUUGGGACGUUCUGAGUAGAAAUUUUGAUUCUGUUGAGCUUAAUGAUUUGCUUGUUAAAAAUGUAUUGCUCGAAUUGAAGGAACCAACUGAUGCGAAAAGGGCACUAGGAUUCUUCCACUGGUCAGCUCAGAGGAAGAACUUUGUCCAUGAGGUUCAGACUUACUGCCUCAUGGUUAAUAUAUUAGUUCGAGCACAAUUGCUUAUGGAUGCUCAAGCAUUGCUUGAAUCAGUUUUGAAGAAAAGUGUGGGAGAUUCUUCAAAAUUUUUAGUUGUGGAUUCCUUACUUAGUAGUUAUAAGAUUACUAUCUCAAGUCCAUUGGUAUUUAACUUGUUGGUUCAGGCUUACGCUAAAUUAAGACUGUUUGAGGUCGGCUUUGAAGUCUGCUGCUACUUGGCGGAUCAUGGGUUCUUUGUGAGCCUAACAAGUUUCAACAUUUUGAUUCAUGUGGUUCAAAAAUCUGAUAAAAGCCCCCUGGUCUGGAAGAUUUAUGAACAUAUGAUUCAGAGAAGAAUUUAUCCAAAUGAAGCAACAAUCAGAAUCAUGACCGAUGCUUUAUGCAAGGAAGGGAAGUUACUUAUAUAUGUGGACAUAUUGGAUAAGAUCCAUGGAAAGAGAUGCUCCCCUUUAGUGAUUGUUAAUACUUGUCUGGUCUUUAGGAUUUUAGAGGAAGGAAAAAUUGAAGUUGCUAUGGCUUUAUUGAAGUUGAUGCUACAAAAGAAUAUGAUUCUUGAUGCCAUUGCUUACUCUUUGAUUGUUUAUGCUAAAGUGAGGCUUGGAAAUUUGGACUCAGCAAUGGAGGUCUAUGAGGAAAUGCUAAAGCGAGGUUUCAUUGCAAAUUCAUUUGUGUAUACUUCAUUUAUAGGUGCUUAUUGUAAUGGAGGAAAACUUGAAGAAGCAAAUCAGUUGAUUGAGGAAAUGGAAAACAUGGGCUUGAAGCCAUAUGAUGAGACUUACAACUUUCUGAUUGAGGGGUGUGCCAAGUCAGGAAGAGUAGAAGAAAGUUUGAGUUACUGUGAGAAGAUGAUAGAGAGAGGACUUCUUCCUAGCCUUUUGGCUUUUAAUAAGAUGGUAACAAAGCUAUGUGAAACUGGGGCAGUGAAGCAAGCAAAUGCUAUGUUAACUCGUUUAUUAGAUAAUGGGUUCUUACCUAAUGACAUCACAUACUCUCAUCUUAUUGCUGGUUAUGCGAGAGACAACCAGAUUCAGGAAGUGCUCAAACUCUACUAUGAAAUGGAGUAUAGAGCACUCUGUCCUGGGUUGCUUGCUUUCACUUCCUUGAUUAGGAUUCUUUGUCAUUGUGGAAAGCUAGAGCAAGCGGAAAAGUACUUGAGAAUUAUGAAAGGUCGUUCCCUAGAUCCAAGUGAGGAGAUUUACGAGGCAUUGAUCACUGGCCACUUUGAGAAGGGUGAUAAGACAAGAGCUCUUCACCUUUACAAUGAGAUGAUUUCUAAAGGAUUGAAGCCUUGUUGCCCAUGUGAUUUCGGUGUUGGCACUGAGUUUUGCUAAUUUUGGCUAGGAUCUUGGAGCGAUAUCAUGUAUUGGUGAACAAAUACAAAAAAGAGAAACAAGUGUAAUUAUGAACUACUUUUUACUUGUCCUAAUUGGAACCAUAUCGUGCAUCAGAACUUUUACUUUUGUCGAGUAUUUGCCAUGAACUCUUCUCCCCUGUGGCCCCACAGUCCACACUUGGGCAUAAUACAAAAAAGGAGGGGCUUGCUUUCUUUAAUCUCUUGAAUUCCUAGGAUAUCUUCUGUUAUUGAACAAAGGGCUCCAGCUCUAAGUUCGAUUGUGCUACUCGACAAACUUUGUGCAGAUGUCUUAUAUUUGAUUCUGAUCCGUGGAUUCUUCAAACUGGCUAAUUUAUAAACAGGCACUCCCCAAAAGGAAAGAAGCUCUUAUGGUAUCCUCUUGGCCUAGAAAAUCGCUUCCAUGAAAUGCUUACUCAAGAAAAAAAGUUAGCAAAUUUCCAAGCAUCGAUACAACGAAAACCUGAAAAUGGAGAUGCCAAUGGUUAAGGAGUGCCCCUCACCAUCCCUCAAAGACAGGCUAAAGUCCUCCAUUAGCUGCUUUGCUGCUCAUAACAUUCCUGAGAGCCUUGGCUCCGACGACGGAAGGAGGUCACAGACUCCGAGACCUUCGUACGCUUGGUUGAAAUCCACGGCUCAUGAUCUCGAGAUCAGAGACAAGUGUAGGGGCCUGAUUGGGAGAAGAGGUAAGAACCGAAGGCGCUAUUAUUCUUCCGAUUUUAAAUACGAUCCUACGAGUUACUCGCUCAAUUUCGAGGAUGAUAUUAACCAAGAAGAUGAAUUGCCGAUCCAUAAUUUUAUGGGGAGACAGCCAGCCACCCCAAAUAGUUGCUAGCGGUAGCAGCGCCUAUUUGUGAGCUCAUUGCUUGGACAUGAUUGAUAAUGAGAUCUGAUUUUGGUGUUAUAUGCAUAUACAUAUAGAUUGAGUUUUCUAAUAUCGUUGUUGUAAUUGUAUGUACAAGAAUCUAAUCACUGAAUAUAAAAAUUAAAAACAAAAAAUUCUAAUCC